AUGACCCUCCCUCCGUUGUCUGCGGCUUCACCGCUGAGCCAAACGAGUGCAGGUGUUGUUGUCGGCAUAGUGAUCGUAUUGCUCUUCCACGCAAGUCUGUUUGUCGGGGCUUACUACUUCUUCGCCACUCAUCUGUAUCGCGACUAUGAGGUGCAGCGGCGCUCAGUGCAGCACCUUUUCUGUGCGACCUUCACCGCUUGCGUUUCCAUGCUGCAGCUUCUGCUGCUGGAGCUGCUGCACAUACUGAACCCGCACGUGCGCCGCAUUGUGUGGAACUUGGACCUUAUUUGCGUGCUUCUGUUGCUGUACGUGGUGCUGCCAGUCUCAAUAAUCCACAAUGCGUUGGCGCCCAGUGCGGACUCGUUUCGAAUUGCUGACUGGGCCGCGAAGUUCCCCCAAAUGCAGCGGCUGCAGACGCGGGCCGCGGCCUUGUCGAGGCUCGCAGCCGUCUCCACUUUGGCCUCCUCAAGCGGCAAUGGAGUCUUGUCGAAGCUCGGGAAACUGUCUCCGCGGUGGCGCGAGUGGGUUGCAGUGGCAGUGUGCAGCGCCGUGGUGCUGCCUUUCCUGUGGUUCUGCUUUUGCCAGUCAGGCCGGCUGCUGCACCUCGACUCGGAGGCCCUUGCGGAGCUGUCUUACACGGAGCGGCUGCUGGCCUACGUGGGCGUGUGCGGCGUGACUGUGGUGUCUGCCUUGGCUGGCUUCGGCAGUGUGAACUACCCCUAUCGCAACGUGGCGACUUUCUUGUACCCGACUACGCAGGCCGAAGUGGCCUGUGUGGAGCAGCGGCUGCUGCACACUCUUAACCUCGUGAGCGAAAAGAAAAAGGCUCGACUUCACCUGCAGGCUUCGCUGAACCCCGCCCGAGCUCGCCUGUGGCCAACGCCCACCUCCGGCGUCUUGUCGCCGGCUCCUGGCUGUGCGCGGCCCCACCAAGUGCUGGGCCCUUCGACUUCGCGGCGGUGCCGCAGCGCCUCGCGGAGGCACCGCGGGAACUUCGGAACUGAAGCGGCGAACCCCGCGGACAAAAUCUACAGCGGAGGGAACUCCGACGAAGAACAAGAAGGCCCUGCUGAGUCUGCUGCGUCGCUGGGCGGGUCCUUGAAAGGAGCUCCCGAAGUGGAAAGGCACCUCGACGGACCCGAAGGCGGAGUGCAGACAGGACUGCUGACACGGCAGUUCAACUGGCUCCGCGAAUGGAUCGAGAAACUGCGCGCUUUCCUCACUGGGCGACGCCUGGAGCAGCAGUGCCAGAAACUGCAAAAUGAAAUAGAAGCCCUCGAAGAACUUUCGCGGGAACUUUUCGUCGGCCUGGACGAUCUCGUCCACUCCCGCGCGCAGGCGCUCUACGGGCGCACUUGGCUGGGGCGACUCAACAACAUGCUGGGCUGGGGCAUGACAGCAGUGUGUGUGUACCGCGUCUUCAUGAGCGCUGCAAACGUCCUGCUAGAUCGAGUCAGCACCACAGACCCAGCAACGAGAACGCUUGAGUUGCUGCUGCACCUCCUGCACGUGCCAGUUGACAUCACGCUGCUGACGCCCUACCUGUCACUGGUACUGUUGGGGUGGAUCAUAGCGCUCACAAUUCGAGGUUUCUUCGAGAAGCUUCUCACUGUAUUUCGCUACAUGUCCACGGCGGUGUCAAGUAAUGUCUUCGCUCUCGUCAUGUCUGAGGUUAUGGGAAUGUACUUCUCCGCAUGCCUCCUGCUUACACGAGUUUACCUUCCGCAGUCCUAUAGGGACGCAUUGGCGCAAGUUCUGGCGCCUUCCCUGGACUUCAGGGCUUUCCACCUGCACUUUGACCGCGUAUUUGUUCUUUCGUCUUUUGCGUGCGCGAUAUCUAUCGCUAUUACUCAUCGUCGCACAGCCGAGAAACUCAAAAGCCUUUAG